AAAGGACAAGUUGGUUGAGAAGGGGGCAGAAAUGGUUCGCAUGAAGGCAGAAGUUAAACGGUUGGAGGAAGAGAAUGAAACAAAACGGAACUCCAUGGACAAAAUAGAGAAUGAAUUUAACUCCUUGCAAGGCAAAGUUCAGAACUUGGACGAACUCAACAAAUUGUACACCAAAGAUGCCGUCGUGCUAAAGGAAACUAUUAAAGCAUUGGAACAAUCGCUAGACUCGGAAAGGAUAAAGUCAGGAACAGUUUGCCGAGACAAUGCGAAUUUCAAGCAGGAGAAGAGACGACUCCAAGAACAACUAUCCGAUGUGUCACGACAAAGUCAUCAUUGGCAAGAGAGAGCCAGGUCGUUUGAGUCUGAGGCAUGGGCCCUAAAGAUGGAUUUGGAUAUGAAGGACACACAAAUAAAUGACGUUCGCAUCCUCCACGAGUCUCUACGAACUGAGAAGGCAGAACUAGCCAGUGAGAAAGAAGCCCUUGCGGCACAACUCAAAGAAUUAUCGGACAAACUGGACCAAUCUGACAAUGAUCGCGAGGAGUUGUCCAAGAAAAUUGGACAGAUCAAGGCUCAAGUUAAUGACCAAGUAGGGCGCGUAGCUGAGCUUCAAGUUUCUUUAGAGGCAACAAAGAAACAACAUUCUACGACGGAGAAGGAGUUGUUGAAAUAUCAAGUGAAGAAUGCGAAGCGUCGAAGAGAGUGGGCAAACGCUCUCUACUUUUUGGUAAACCCAUUCGACGCUUUUCGACGAUCACUUAUGGGACCACCGGAGAGGGUCCAGCAAUUUUACCGAAAUCAAGCACCAAAAUGAACAUAUACAUAUUUAUUUACC